AUGGGCAACGAGGCGAGCUUGGAAGGGGAAGGGCUCCCGGAAGGGCUGGCGGCGGCGGCGGCGGCGGCGGCAGCCGGAGGAGGGGCUGGCGGGGCGGGGAGCUCCUUGCACACCGUGAUCCCGGCCGGCAUGGAGGCGGAUCUGAGCCAGCUGAGCGAAGAGGAGAGGAGACAGAUCGCCGCUGUCAUGUCAAGGGCGCAGGGGCUACCCAAGGGAAGCGUUCCCCCGGCCGCUGCGGAGCCGCCUUCCAUGCACAGGAAACAAGAGUUGGAUAGUAGUCAUCCUCCAAAACAACCAGGGAAACCGCCGGACCCAGGGCGCUCAGCUCCGCCUGGUCUCAGUAAGAGUAGAACUACAGACACUUUGAGGUCAGAGCAGAAGUUGCCUGGAAGGAGUCCUUCCACCAUUAGCUUGAAAGAAUCAAAGUCCAGAACUGAUCUGAAGGAAGAGCACAAGUCUAGUAUGAUGCCUGGCUUCCUCUCAGAGGUUAACCCUUUAAGUGCUGUCUCCUCUGUUGUAAAUAAAUUUAAUCCUUUUGAUUUGAUAUCAGACACUGAUGCAUCCCAGGAAGAAACUGCCAAGAAACAGAAAAUAGCUCAGAAGGAACAAGGAAAACCGGAAGGAAUCACGAAACCUCCAUCACAACAGUCACCUAAGCCAGUUCCUAAGCAGCAAGGACCUGCGAAGGUCCCACUGCAGCAGGAUGGCUCUCCCAAAGCAGUAUCUUCUCAGCAACCAGAGAAGAGUAAAUCACAGCCUUCAGGGACAGGAAAGCCAACUGAGGGGCUUGCCCAGGCUCCUCAGGCACAACUGCCACUUCAAAGAGAUGCAACCAGGCCUCAGGCUAAACAGUCAGGCGCACUCAGGGGAGAAUCAGUUAAACCCUCUGUGCACAGCCCAUCCAAAUCACCUAUUCAGCAAGCAAGUCCUGGAAAACCUCCAGCCCAUCAGCCUGGACCUGAAAAACUUGCCACGGCACAGCCUGGGCCUGCAAAGCCCUUAGCUCAGCAACCAGGGCCAGCCAAGGCCCUAGCUCAACAGCCGGGGACAGCGAAGGCCCCAGCCCAGCCACUGGGGACAACAAAGCCCACGGUGCAGCAGCCUGGGCCCAAGGCUCCAGCUCAGCCUGUUGGGCCUGCGAAGCCUCAAGCUCAACAGGCCGGGUCAGACAAACUUGCAUCGCAGCAGCCAGGGCCCCCAAAAUCUCCAGCUCACCAACCUGGCUCGCAGUCUCCAGCUCAGCCACCCGGGCCUGCAAAGGCUCCAUCUCAGCAGGUUGGGGCAACAAAGUCUCUGGGUCAGCAGCCAGGGGCCGGAAAAACUCCUGCUCAACAGCCCAGCCCACCAAAGCCCCCUUCUCAACAGCCUGGCCUGGCAAAGCCCUCUCCUCAACAGCCAGUCUCUGCAAAGCCUUCACCUCAGCAACCUGGUCCGUCAAAGCCCCCUCAGCAGCCUGGCCCAGGAAAGCCCCCUCCUCAGCAGCCCGGUCCAGGAAAGCCCCCUCCUCAGCAACCCGGCCCAUCAAAGCCUCCUCCUCAGCAGCCCGGCCCAGGAAAGCCUCCUUCUCAGCAGCCCGGCCCAGGAAAGCCCCCUCCUCAGCAGCCCGGUCCAGGAAAGCCCCCUCCUCAGCAGCCCGGCCCAGGAAAGCCCCCUCUUGGCCCAGCCAAGCCUUCAGCUCAGCAGUCUACAAAACCAGUAAGCCAAACAGAAGCUGGGAAACCUCUGCAGCCAUCGACUUCUCCAUCUGCAGCACAGACUCCAGUACAAGGCCUCCCUAAAACCAUCUGUCCUCUUUGCAAUACCACUGAACUUCUGUUACAUGUUCCAGGAAAGGCCAAUUUUAACACGUGCACUGAGUGUCAAACCACUGUGUGUAGCCUGUGUGGUUUUAAUCCCAAUCCUCAUUUAACCGAGAUCAAAGAGUGGCUCUGUUUAAACUGUCAGAUGAAGAGAGCGCUAGGAGGCGAUCUGGCUCCAGCCCCGUCGUCACCGGAGCCCACACCGAAGGCUGCCCCUGUGAGCCCUGCACCAGCAGGGAGCAAACCACCGCCACAGCCGCAGCCCCCUUCUCCAAAGAAGGAUUCGGUGCCCAAACAGGAGAUCUCAAAGGCACCUGAGUCUAAGAGGCCCCCACCACUCGCGAAACAACCAACCAUUCACGGCUCUCCCCCGCCUGCGGCCAAGCAGCCUCCGGCCGCGGAGCCUUCGCCCCAGCCAGCCCCUCCCAAAGAGCCCUUGGUUCCAUCCGAGCAGGCCGAGGUCCCUGUGGCCGAUGACAAACCAAAGGAGCCCAAGAUGGUGAAGCCAGACACAGACGUUGCGUCCUCGUCGUCAGUAGCAGCACAACGUGACACUCCAGGCUCCAAAGCACAGUCCGAGGAUCAAGAGAUAAUAACCCCGCCUCUAAAAACAGACGCAGCCAAACCCUCGCAGAGUUUUCCACCGACAGGAGAAAAAGUCACCCCGUUUGAUUCUAAAGUCAUACCCCGACCUGCAUCAGAUUCGAAAAUUAUUUCACGUCCUGGGCCUAGUUCUGAGAGCAAAGGUCAAAAACAAGUUGAUCCAGUUCAAAAGAGGGAAGAACCCAAGAAAGCACAAACCAAAAUGAGUCCUAAGCCAGAUGCCAAGCCGAUGCCAAAAGGGUCACCUCCACCCCCAGGGCCACGACCUCCCGCUGGCCAAACUGCCCCCACAUCUCAACAGCCCCCAAAGCCUCAGGAGCAGUCGCGCCGUUUCAGUCUGAAUCUGGGAAGUAUUACUGAUGCCCCUAAAUCGCAGCCCACGACUCCUCAAGAAACGGUGACUGGAAAACUCUUUGGGUUCGGAGCAUCCAUCUUCAGCCAGGCAUCGAGUUUAAUCUCCACAGCAGGCCAGCCGGGGUCUCAAUCUCAGAGUGCACCGGGGGCCCCAACAAAACCAGGCCCUCCUCCUUCACAGCCACCUCCUUCUCAGGGGCCCCCCAAACCCGCAGGUCAGGUACCUCCAGCACCGGCAAAGGUUGUACCUGCGAAAAAGGAAACAAAAGCUCCAGUAGUUGAAAAAUUAGAGCCCAAAUCUGAACAAGUUCCCACAGUAAAAAGAACAGAAGCAGAAAAGAAGCCUCUGCCUGUUAAGGAUAGCAAACCUUCAACGGCUGAGCCUCAAAAGACUGUCCUUCCCCCCAAAUUGGAGAAAACUCCCAAAUCAGAAUCAGCCUGUCCUCUUUGCAAAACUGAACUCAACAUAGGUUCUAAGGAUCCUCCUAACUUCAAUACCUGCACCGAAUGCAAGAACCAAGUGUGUAAUCUCUGUGGAUUUAACCCUACGCCACACUUGACUGAGAUUCAAGAAUGGCUUUGUUUAAAUUGCCAAACCCAGAGAGCAAUAUCAGGGCAGCUUGGAGAUAUGGGCAAAAUGCCACCUACCCCUUCAGCACCAAAAGCCUCCUCUAUGCCUGUCCCUCCAGCACAACCAUCUCAGAAAACAGCGAUGCCUACCCAAGUAAAAUUGAAAAAGAAGGAACAAGAAGUAAAAACAGAAGCUGAACAAAUCAUUCCAGAAAAAGUGAAAGACAUACCAUCAGUGGAAAAGAUUGUCCCAAAAGUGACCACAGACCACAAACAAGAGAGUAAACUAGAGAAAGACAAAACGUUGGCCUCUGAAGACAAAAAGCCACCUCUUGAAGAAAAAAAGCCAACCACUGAAGACAAAAAAACAGCCCCUGAAGACAGUAAGUUACUUCCAGGAACAAAAACAUCAGCUCUGGAGGAGGAACAGAAACAAGACUUGCUUAAAACUCAAAUACCAACUGCCGAGGAAAAGCCUGAAGGCAGAGUGGCUCCGCAGGUCAUACAAGAGAAGCUACCACAGACCGAGAUGAAAGACAAACCCUCUGGCCCAUCUCCAAGUUUGUCCAAGGAAGAUGAUGAGGCGACUCAAAAAAUUAAAGACCAGCCACAGGCAGCACCAUGCCCUGCAAAGCCUGAUCAGGUGGAACCUGGGAAAGAAAAAACAGAAAAGGAAGAUGACAAAUCAGACACUUCAAGUUCUCAGCAACCAAAAAGCCCACAAGGUCUGAGUGACACAGGAUAUUCUUCUGAUGGGAUAUCAAGUUCACUUGGUGAAAUUCCAAGUCUUAUUCCAAGUGAUGAGAAAGAUUUGCUCAAGGGACUCAAAAAGGACUCUUUUUCCCAAGAAAGCAGUCCUUCCAGCCCCUCAGAUUUGGCUAAGUUAGAAAGCACAGUCCUCUCCAUUUUGGAAGCUCAGGCAAGUACACUUGUUGAAGAAACAUCAGAAAAGAAAAUCCAGUCUGAUGAGGUUUCUUCUGAGCAGCCUAAGGACACACAGAAAACUCAGAGUUUAUCUGAAACAGUAGAAACUACAAUUUCAGAAAGGGAGCUCAAAAUGAUUCCAGAAGAAAAAGAUACUUUAAAAAAAGACAGCCAACAAGACAUUCCUUCCAGAAAGGACCAUGAAGAAAAGCCCGAGUUUUUUGAUGACACAACUACAAGACGACAGCUGUAUGAUUCAGUUGAAGACAGUAGCGAAAGUGAAAAUUCACCUAUUCCACAAAGAAAACGGAGAACUAGUGUUGGUUCAUCGAGCAGUGAUGAGUAUAAACAGGAGGAUAGCCAAGGGUCCGGUGAAGAGGAGGACUUUAUUCGAAAACAAAUCAUAGAAAUGAGUGCUGAUGAAGACGCUUCAGCUUCUGAAGAUGAUGAGUUCAUUAGGAGCCAGCUCAAAGAGAUUAGUAGUAGUAUGGAGAGCCAGAAGAAGGAAGACAUGAAAGGGAAAGGAAAAGCAACAGCAGGGAAACACAGACGACUAACUCGGAAGAGCAGUACAAGCUUUGAUGAUGAUGCAGGGAGACGCCAUUCGUGGCAUGAUGAAGAUGAUGAGACAUUCGAUGAAAGUCCUGAACUUAAGUACAGAGAAACUAAAAGUCAAGAGAGUGAAGAACUUGUAGUUGCUGGAGGAGGUGGGCUACGUCGGUUUAAAACAAUUGAACUCAAUAGCACGAUAGCAGAUAAAUACUCCGCAGAGUCAUCACCGAAGAAAACAGCUUUGUAUUUUGAUGAGGAGCCAGAAUUGGAAAUGGAAAGCUUGACAGACUCCCCAGAAGACAGGUCAAGGGGUGAAGGUUCUUCUAGUCUUCAUGCUUCCAGCUUCACUCCUGGCACAUCCCCUACCUCAGUGUCAUCACUUGAUGAGGACAGUGACAGUAGCCCAAGUCACAAAAAAGGGGAGAGCAAACAACAACGGAAGGCUCGGCACAGGUCACACGGUCCUCUUUUGCCUACUAUUGAAGAUUCUUCAGAGGAAGAAGAAUUGAGAGAGGAGGAAGAAUUAUUAAAGGAGCAAGAAAAGCAGCGGGAAUUAGAACAGCAACAAAGAAAGACUUCUAGUAAGAAAUCAAAGAAAGACAAAGAUGAACUUCGAGCUCAGAGAAGGAGGGAAAGACCAAAGACACCACCCAGUAACCUCUCUCCCAUUGAAGAUGCAUCUCCAACAGAAGAAUUACGCCAGGCUGCGGAAAUGGAGGAGCUCCAUCGAUCUUCCUGUUCUGAAUACUCACCUAGCAUAGAGUCAGACCCAGAAGGUUUUGAAAUAAGCCCAGAAAAGAUAAUAGAAGUUCAAAAAGUUUAUAAAUUGCCCACAGCUAUGUCUUUAUACUCACCAACAGAUGAGCAGUCUAUUAUGCAGAAAGAAGGUGGCCAAAAGGCAUUAAAAAGUGCCGAUGAGAUGUAUGAAGAAAUGAUGCACAAAACCCACAAAUAUAAACCUUUUCCAGCUGCACCUGAACGAGAUGAAAUGUUUGAAAAAGAGCCGUUGUAUGGUGGGAUGUUAAUAGAGGAUUAUAUUUAUGAAUCCUUAGUAGAGGACACAUACAAUGGUUCUGUAGAUGGCAGUCUGCUAACAAGGCAAGAAGAUGAAAAUGGAUUUCUGCAGCAUAGAGGGAAAGAGCAAAAAUUAAGACUUUCAGAACAGAUUUAUGAAGAUCCUAUGCAAAAAAUAACAGACCUCCAGAAAGAGUUUUAUGAGUUAGAAAGCUUACAUUCUGUUGUGCCUCAAGAGGACAUUGUUUCCAGCUCUUUUAUCAUCCCAGAAAGCCAUGAAAUAGUGGAUCUGGGUAGUAUGGUGAUUUCCACCGGUGAAGAAAAAAAAUUACUAGAUGCUGACACUGCCUAUGAAGAACUCAUGAAGAGGCAGCAGAUGCAGUUAACACCUGGAUCCAGUCCAACCCAGCCCCCCAUCACAGAUGACAUGAUAGAGUCUACCGUGGACUUUGACAGGAUGCCUGAUGCAUCUUUGACAUCAAGUGUUCUCUCAGGAGCAUCUCUUACAGAUUCCACCAGCAGUGCAACACUCUCUAUCCCAGAUGUCAAAAUCACCCAACAUUUUUCAACAGAAGAAAUUGAGGAUGAAUAUAUAACAGAUUAUACAAGGGAAAUACAAGAGAUAAUUGCCCAUGAAUCACUGAUUUUGACCUACUCUGAACCUUCAGAAAGUGCUACAUCCGUCCCACCUUCUGACACACCCUCUCUCACAUCAUCUGUUUCAUCAGUUUGUACCACAGAUAGCUCCUCACCCAUCACUACCUUGGAUAGCAUAACCACAGUUUAUGCGGAGCCGGUGGAUAUAGUAACUAAAUUUGAAGAUUCUGAGGGAAUUUCUUCAUCAACGUAUUUUCCGGGCAGCAUUAUAGAUUAUCCAGAAGAAAUAAGUAUAUCUUUAGAUCGGACUGCCACACCAGAUGGAAGAACUAGUGCUGAUCAUAUCGUGAUUUCCUUAUCUGAGGUAGAGCCUCCUAUCCUAGAAUCUAUAGGAACUAAACAGGAGGGACUGAUUGCUGACACUAUUUCCACUGACUUACCUGUAUCUGCAAAAGAUGCAGUGAAGAAAGCCAAGAAGGACACUGGGAAUGGAAUUAUUCUUGAGGUUCUGGAAGCUUACAGAGAUAAAAGGGAGAAGUCUGAGGUUGAACUAUCAAAGAUGAGCUUAUCUGAAACUGUGUCUGAUCAACCUCCUUCUUCUGCAGUGGCCCUUUCAGUGGGGGAGCAGGUUUCAGCAACAUGUUUUCUAUCAGGACAGGUCUUGGAUCAUGCAAAACCUGCAUCUCAGCCACCAUCUGGCGGUCCUUCUGUUACCUCUCUUCCAACUAAACCACGUCCAUUUGUUAGAAGUUCUUCUUUGGACACAUCAGCCCAGCCCCCCCCCCCCCCCCCCCCCCCCCCCCCCCCCCCCCCUCCUCCUCCCCCUCCUCCUCCUCCACCUCUUCCUCCACCAACCUCACCUAAGCCAACCAUUCAUCCUAAAAAAAAGUUAACAGUUACAGCGCCAGCACCUCUAAUGACUACAGCUACACCUCUAGUUGAUUCUGUUACUACAGUAGAGGUCACAGCUAUUCCAAGAAGUAAUGGGUUACCUGUAACAAAAGUAUGUACCACUGCACCUCCUCCUGUUCCUCCUAAACCAUCUUCCAUCCCAUCUGGACUUGUCUUUACACAUAGACCUGAGCCAAGUAAACCUCCAAUUGCCCCUAAGCCAGCAGUCCCUCAGCUUCCAGUAACUACACAAAAAUCAACAGAUACACACCCCAAGCCAACAGGUCUAUCUUUAACUUCAAAUAUGACAUUAAAUUUAGUGACUUCAGCAGAUUAUAAAUUACCUUCCCCUACCUCCCCAGCGUCCCCUCACUCUAACAAGUCCUCACCAAGAUAUUCCAAAUCCCUCAUGGAAACCUACGUGGUUAUCACAUUGCCAUCUGAACCCGGGACUCCAACAGAUUCUUCAGCUAGUCAAGCAAUUACCAGUUGGCCUCUGGGAUCACCCCCCAAAGAUCUGAUUUCCAUUGAACCAGUGUUUUCUGUAGUUCCUCCUAUAACAACUGCAGGAAUGCCCAGUUCUUCAGAACGGAGUUUGUACAUGUCAGGAGCUUUGGAGACAUUUUCUACUGUCCCUGUCACAACGUUAUCUUCAUUUCAAGUAGCCCCAACCUCAGCUACACAGUUUUUCACAACUGAAGUUUCCAAGACUGAGGUUUCAGCAGCCAGAAGUGCACUCCCUAGUGUUGGUCUCAGCAGUGUCUCUAUACCAAUUCCUCCGGAGCCUCUUGCUCUAGAUAGCCUACAUUUAGAGAAACAUCAGCAUAAGGAAAAUGGAAAGUUGCCACUUGUUGGUGAUGCCAUUGAUUUGCGUACGGUACCAAAAGUAGAAGUUAAAGUAACUGAAAAGUGUAUGGAUCUUUCUGCCUCCACAAUGGAUAUGAAAAGGCAGACCACCACACAUGAAAUCUAUGGGAGACAAAUUAGUGCCAUCCAACCCUCUAUUAUAAAUCUCAGUGCAACUUCAUCAGUAGUAAUGCCGAUGUCCCUGGUCACUGAGCCAGUGACUGUUGUCACAUGCGCAGCUAGUUCAAGUUACACCAUGGGCACAGAAAGCCUAGUGGGUAUAGAACAUGCAACAACAACACCACUCCAGCUUACUACAUCAAAGCAUGCUGAGCCCCCAUACAGGAUACCGAGUGGCCAAGCCUUUCCUGCAGUUAGGGAGGAUGCACCAAUAAACUUGUCUUUAGGUACAUCAGCACACCCGAUGACAUUGGCUGUUACAAAACCUGUUACCGCGCCUCCUGUUGGAGUCACAAAUGGAUGGACUGAUCGCAUCCCAUCCCAGGUAAUCACAGAUGGGGAAGUAGUGGAUCUCAGUACAACCAAGUCUCACAGAACUGUUGUAACAAUGGAUGAAUCUACAUCCGGUGUGGUGACCAAAAUAAUAGAAGAUGAUGAAAAGCCUGUUGAUCUGACUGCAGGAAGAAGAGCUGUAUGCUGUGAUAUGGUUUAUAAGUUACCUUUUGGAAGAAGCUGCACAGCACAACAGCCCGCAACUACUCUUCCUGAGGAUCGUUUUGGUUAUAGGGAUGACCACUAUCAAUAUGACCGAUCAGGGCCUUCUGGUUAUAGAGGGAUUGGGGGAAUGAAACCUUCCAUGUCUGACACUAAUUUAGCAGAAGCUGGACAUUUUUUCUAUAAAAGUAAGAAUGCUUUUGAUUAUUCUGGAGGAACUGAUACAGCAGUAGAUCUAACUUCAGGGAGAAUUACUACAGGUGAGGUAAUGGAUUAUUCAAGCAAGACUGCAGGUCCAUAUCCAGAAACACGACAAGUCAUCUCAGAAGUUGGGAUUAGUACCCCACAGUUUUCCACGGCGAGAAUGACUCCACCUCCAGGAUCACAGUAUGGUGUGGGGAGUGUUUUGAGGACAUCUAAUGGUGUGGUCUAUUCCUCAGUAGCAACUCCGAUUCCCUCCACAUUUGCUAUCACCACGCAACCUGGCUCCAUUUUCAGCACCACGGUGAGGGAUUUGUCUGGAGUGCACACAGCUGACACGGUGACUUCAUUAUCCGCGCUGCAUCAGAGCCAGCCAAUGCCUAGGUCCUAUUUCCUAACAACAGGUGCAUCUGAAACAGACAUUGCAGCAACUGGAAUUGAUAUCAAUGCCAGUUUGCAAACUAUGACAAUGGAAACCCUUACUGCUGAGACAAUAGACUCCGUUCCCACUUUAACCACAGCAUCUGAAGUGUUUUCUGAAGUGGUGGGAGAUGAAAGUGCUAUUUUAAUUGUCCCCGAAGAAGACAAACAACAGCAGCAGUUUGACUUAGAGCGUGAGCUCUUAGAACUGGAGAAAAUUAAGCAACAACGUUUUGCUGAAGAAUUAGAGUGGGAACGUCAGGAAAUUCAACGGUUCCGAGAACAGGAAAAGAUCAUGGUUCAAAAAAAGCUGGAGGAACUGCAGUCUAUGAAGCAGCACCUUCUGUAUCAGCAGGAAGAAGAGCGGCAAGCCCAGUUCAUGAUGAGGCAGGAGACAUUAGCUCAGCAACAGUUACAGCUCGAGCAGAUCCAACAGCUGCAGCAACAGCUUCACCAGCAGCUAGAGGAGCAAAAGAUUCGCCAGAUCUACCAGUAUAACUAUGACCCUUCUGGAACUGCUUCUCCACAAACCACUACGGAGCAGGCAAUUUUGGAAGGUCAGUAUGCUGCUCCAGAAGGUGGCCAGUUUUGGGCAACUGAAGAUGCAACCACCACAGCUUCAGCCGUCGUGGCGAUUGAAAUACCCCAGAGCCAAGGAUGGUACACAGUGCAGUCUGAUGGCGUCACUCAGUAUAUUGCCCCACCUGGCAUCCUGAGUACUGUUUCAGAAAUACCUCUAACAGAUGUGGUUGUAAAAGAUGAGAAACCACCCAAAAAGAGAAGCUCUGCGGCGAAAGUCCGUGGACAGUAUGAUGAGAUCGGGGAAAAUAUGACAGAUGAUCCCCGCUGCUUUAAAAAGAUAGUGGACAGUGGUGUACAAACUGACGAUGAGGAUGCAGCCGAUCGGAGUUAUGUGAGUAGGAGGAGGAGAACCAAAAAGAGUGUUGAUACGAGUGUCCAAACUGAUGACGAAGAUCAGGAUGAAUGGGACGUGCCUGCUAGAGCAAGGAGGAAAACUCGCGUAGGGAAAUAUGGAGACAGCACUACAGAGGCGGACAAGACCAAACCCCCUUCCAAAGUCUCCAGUAUAGCAGUUCAAACAGUAGCAGAGAUAUCUGUGCAGACUGAACCAGUUGGAACCAUAAGAACGCCUUCCGUACGGGCACGCGUGGAUGCCAAGGUAGAAAUAAUUAAACACAUUUCAGCACCUGAAAAGACUUACAAAGGGGGCAGUUUAGGAUGUCAAACAGAAGCAGAUUCAGACACACAGAGUCCUCAAUAUCUGAGUGCCACAUCUCCACCCAAAGACAAGAAACGCCCAACACCUUUAGAGAUUGGUUACUCAUCUCACCUUCGGGCAGAUUCCACAUUACAGCUGGCUCCUUCCCCACCCAAAUCUCCAAAAGUCCUUUAUUCACCCAUCUCACCACUUUCACCAGGCAAAGCCUUAGAAUCAGCCUUUGUACCUUAUGAAAAACCCCUCCCUGAUGAUAUAAGUCCUCAGAAAGUACUGCAUCCAGAUAUGGCUAAAGUGCCCCCGGCAAGUCCUAAAACAGCCAAGAUGAUGCAGCGGUCCAUGUCUGACCCCAAGCCUCUGAGUCCAACAGCAGAUGAAAGUUCCAGGGCUCCUUUUCAGUAUACCGAGGGCUACACGACAAAGGGUUCUCAAACCAUGACACCUUCUGGCUCCCAGAAAAAAGUUAAGAGAACUCUGCCAAACCCACCUCCUGAGGAGACUUCUACAGGCACUCAGUCAACAUACAGCUCAAUGGGCACAGUUUCCAGGAGAAGGAUCUGCAGAACCAACACAAUGGCCCGGGCCAAGAUUCUCCAGGAUAUAGACAGAGAGCUUGAUCUUGUAGAGAGAGAAUCUGCAAAGCUUAGAAAGAAACAAGCAGAACUUGAUGAGGAAGAAAAGGAGAUUGAUGCCAAGUUACGGUACCUAGAAAUGGGAAUUAACAGGAGGAAAGAGGCAUUAUUAAAGGAGAGAGAAAAGAGAGAGCGUGCCUACCUUCAGGGUGUAGCUGAGGAUCGGGAUUACAUGUCUGACAGUGAGGUGAGCAGCACCCGACCCACUAGAAUCGAAAGUCAGCAUGGCAUAGAGCGACCAAGAACUGCUCCCCAGACUGAAUUUAGCCAAUUUAUACCACCGCAAACCCAAACAGAAUCUCAACUAGUUCCUCCUACGAGUCCUUAUACACAAUACCAGUACUCUUCCCCUGCUCUUCCUACCCAAGCACCCACUCCAUAUACCCAACAGUCCCAUUUUCAGCAACAGACUCUGUACCAUCAGCAAGUUUCACCUUACCAGACUCAACCAACAUUUCAAGCUGUGGCAACAAUGUCCUUCACACCUCAAGCUCAACCUACACCAACCCCACAACCUUCUUACCAGUUACCAUCACAGAUGAUGGUGAUACAACAAAAGCCACGACAAACUACAUUGUAUCUGGAGCCCAAGAUAACUUCAAACUAUGAGGUAAUUCGCAACCAACCCCUGAUGAUAGCACCUGUUUCUACCGAUAAUACAUAUGCUGUUUCCCAUCUUGGGAGUAAGUACAAUAGCUUAGACUUGAGAAUAGGAUUGGAGGAAAGAAGUAGUAUGGCAAGCAGUCCGAUAUCAAGUAUAUCUGCAGAUUCUUUCUAUGCAGAUAUUGACCAUCAUACUCCACGAAAUUAUGUCCUAAUUGAUGACAUCGGGGAGAUUACCAAAGGAACAGCGGCAUUAAGUACUGCAUUUAGCCUUCAUGAAAAAGAUCUGUCAAAAACAGACCGUCUUCUUCGAUCCACUGAAACACGUAGGUCUCAAGAAGUGACGGAUUUCCUAGCACCUUUACAGACUUCCUCCAGAUUGCAUAGUUAUGUGAAAGCGGAGGAAGAUCCCAUGGAGGAUCCUUAUGAGUUAAAGCUUCUGAAACAUCAGAUUAAACAAGAAUUCCGUAGAGGAGCAGAGAGCUUAGAUCACCUUGCUGGUCUUUCCCAUUACUACCAUGCCGAUACUGGCUAUAGACAUUUUCCGAAAUCCGAAAAGUACAGCAUUAGUAGACUCACACUUGAAAAGCAAGCAGCAAAACAACUACCAGCAGCCAUACUUUAUCAAAAGCAGUCAAAGCAUAAGAAAUCACUAAUUGAUCCUAAAAUAUCAAAAUUUUCACCCAUUCAAGAAAGUAGAGACCUUGAACCUGACUAUUCAAGCUAUAUGACUUCUAGCACUUCAUCUAUUGGUGGUAUUUCUUCCAGAGCAAGGCUUCUUCAAGAUGAUAUCACUUUUGGCCUCAGGAAAAAUAUUACAGACCAACAGAAAUUUAUGGGCUCAUCUCUUGGCACAGGACUGGGCACAUUAGGAAACACGCUACGUUCAGCUCUGCAGGAUGAAGCAGAUAAGCCAUACAGUAGUGGCAGCAGGUCCAGACCUUCUUCCAGACCUUCGUCUGUCUAUGGGCUUGACUUAUCCAUUAAAAGAGAUUCUUCCAGCUCCUCCCUAAGACUGAAAGCUCAAGAAGCUGAAGCUCUAGAUGUUUCCUUUAGUCAUGCUUCACCUUCUGGCAGAACUAAGCCUACCAGUUUACCAAUUAGCCAGAGUAGAGGAAGAAUACCAAUUGUGGCCCAGAAUUCUGAAGAGGAAAGUCCCCUAAGUCCUGUUGGCCAGCCGAUGGGAAUGGCCAGGGCUGCUGCUGGGCCACUGCCACCAAUAUCUGCAGACACCAGGGAUCAGUUUGGAUCAAGUCAUUCAUUGCCUGAAGUUCAGCAACACAUGAGAGAAGAAUCACGAACUAGAGGCUAUGACCGUGACAUAGCGUUCAUCAUGGAUGACUUCCAACAUGCCAUGUCAGACAGUGAAGCCUAUCAUCUGCGUCGUGAAGAAACAGAUUGGUUUGACAAACCCAGGGAAUCUCGUUUGGAAAAUGGACAUGGUCUGGAUCGCAAACUGCCAGAAAGAUUGGUCCACUCUAGACCACUUAGUCAACAUCAAGAGCAAAUUAUACAGAUGAACGGGAAGACUGUGCACUACAUCUUUCCUCAUGCAAGGAUAAAAAUAACAAGAGACUCUAAGGAUCACACGGUUUCAGGUAAUGGAUUAGGAAUUAAAAUUGUGGGUGGCAAAGAAAUCCCUGGACACAAUGGAGAAAUUGGAGCCUAUAUUGCCAAAAUUCUUCCUGGAGGAAGUGCAGAACAGACAGGGAAACUUAUGGAAGGGAUGCAAGUAUUGGAAUGGAAUGGAAUUCCUUUAACUUCUAAAACAUAUGAAGAAGUGCAGAGUAUCCUUAGUCAGCAAAGUGGGGAAGCAGAAAUAUGUGUAAGACUGGACCUCAAUAUGUUGUCAGACUCUGAAAAUCCCCAGCACCUGGAACUUCAUGAGCCACCAAAAGCUGUGGAUAAAGCAAAGUCCCCAGGGGUGGAUCCUAAGCAGUUGGCGGCAGAGCUCCAGAAGGUCUCGCUACAGCAGUCACCACUAGUUCUGUCGUCCGUUGUUGAGAAAGGAUCUCAUGUUCAUUCAGGUCCAACGUCAGCAGGAUCCAGCUCCGUCCCCAGCCCCGGGCAGCCGGGGUCACCCUCAGUGAGCAAAAAGAAACAUGGCAGCAGCAAGCCUACUGAUGCAGCCAAGGUUGUCUCUCAUCCAAUUACGGGGGAAAUUCAGCUUCAAAUCAACUAUGAUCUUGGGAAUCUCAUAAUCCAUAUUCUCCAAGCAAGAAACCUUGUCCCUCGAGACAACAAUGGCUAUUCGGACCCCUUUGUUAAAGUGUACCUUCUUCCUGGGAGAGGUCAAGUCAUGGUUGUCCAGAAUGCAAGUGCGGAGUACAAGAGGAGGACUAAAUAUGUUCAAAAAAGUCUUAAUCCUGAGUGGAAUCAAACCGUAAUUUAUAAAAGUAUCUCCAUGGAACAGCUCAAAAAGAAAACUCUGGAGGUGACCGUCUGGGAUUAUGAUAGAUUUUCUUCCAAUGACUUUCUUGGUGAGGUACUGAUUGAUUUAUCUAGCACAUCUCACCUCGAUAACACUCCGAGAUGGUAUUCUCUCAAAGAACAGACUGAAAGCCUCGAUCAUGGCAAGUCUCAUUCCAGUCAGGGCAGCCAACAGCCUCCAAAGCCAUCUGUCAUCAAAAGCAGAAGCCAUGGUAUCUUCCCUGAUCCGUCCAAGGACAUGCAGGUUCCCACCAUUGAGAAAUCGCACAGUAGUCCUGGUAGCUCGAAAUCCUCCUCCGAAGGUCACCUCCGCUCUCACGGACCGUCUCGCAGUCAGAGCAAAACGAGCGUCACCCAGACCCACCUGGAAGACGCGGGCGCUGCCAUAGCCGCUGCCGAAGCCGCAGUGCAACAGCUCCGCCUGCAACCAACAAAGCCUACCAAUCACCGCCCUGCGGAGAGCUCCGUGUCCACCGGCUCCUCGGGCAGCAGCUUCGGCAGUGGGUACAGCGUGGACAGUGAAGGCAGCAGCACUGCAGGGGAGACUAAUCUAUUUCCUAUUCCAAGGAUAGGGAAGAUGGGGCAGAAUGGGCAAGAGCCUGUAAAACAGCCAGGAGUAGGAGUGGGACUAGCAGAUUCAGAAGUCAAAACCCAGAUAAUGGGAGAAAUCAAGAUUGCACUGAAGAAGGAAAUGAAGACAGAUGGUGAACAACUCAUAGUUGAGAUUCUCCAAUGCAGAAAUAUCACCUACAAAUUUAAGUCUCCUGAUCACUUACCAGAUUUAUAUGUAAAAAUAUAUGUGAUGAACAUCUCUACCCAGAAAAAAGUGAUCAAGAAAAAAACGAGAGUUUGCAGACAUGAUAGAGAGCCUUCAUUCAAUGAAACUUUUCGAUUCAGCCUCAGUCCUGCUGGGCAUUCUCUUCAGAUUUUACUUUUCUCUAAUGGAGGGAAGUUUAUGAAAAAGACCUUGAUUGGCGAAGCCUGUAUCUGGCUUGACAAAGUGGAUCUGAGAAAAAGAAUAGUCAACUGGCACAAACUUUUGGUCAGUCCUACUCAAACCCAUUGAAGAAAUGUGUCUGCUCAGGGUAUGGAAACUGCUCUAAAUAAUCUCAAAUCAAGACGACCGUUGGACACUUUUCUAUCACAUUUUGGGGAGUAAAUGUGAAAAGAGGAAU